CCUCAAUCCACGCAUUGGUAGAUAGGGCACUUUCUCAUUUGGGGAAGGAACCCUCAAGCUGAGAACAAUGGUGCUCUCUUUCGUGGCUGCGGCUUUGUUGAUUUCUGUGCUCAGCACAGAGGCCCAGAAUAAUAUUCCAAAUCCUCCACCUCCACCUCCAGGGUACCCUGACUCCCAAAGCUACAAUGUUCCCACAAACUAUAAUACACAGGUCUCUGAUCCUAAGCCUGGUAGCUUUCCUGCUUCUGCCCAAGUCAGCUAUUCUGGCCCACCAAAUAAUAUUCCAAAUCCUCCACCUCCACCUCCAGGGUACCCUGACUCCCAAAGCUACAAUGUUCCCACAAACUAUAAUACACAGGUCUCUGAUCCUAAGCUUGAUAACUUUCCUGGUUCUGCCCAAGUCAGCUAUUCUGGCCCACCAGGGAACCCUGGCUACAGCAACAAUGCUCAUUUUGGAAAUCCUAGUCCACAGUAUCCUCCACCUCCACCUUGGUUCCCUAGAAACUCUGGCCCACCCUGGUUCCCUAGAAACUUUGGCCCACCCGAUCUUCAUGAAUUUGAAAAGCUGCUCAAAUUUUUUGAGAGAAUAAUGAAAGCUGGCUGGAAGAAGCAUUGGCAGUGGAGGCAUCAUCAGCACUCUGGUCCUCCUCAAUACCAUCCUAGUCCUCCCCACGGCUAUCCUGGUCCUUCCCAAAGCUAUGCUGGUCAGCCUCAAGGAUAUUUUAAUCCUCCCCAAGUCUACUUAGGUCAACAACCUUUGUCUUUCCCUGCUCAACCAUCUGGGUCUGCUGUCCCACCCCCCUCUGGCACUCAACAGUCUAACUAUGGAAGUCCACCUAAUUUCGUAUAUAACUACCAUGAUUCAGUUCCCCAACAACAACUUUUCCCUGGACAAUCUUUGCCUGCUACCGGUGCAGACCCCUCUGCUCUUCCUAGUCCUCAAUAUUCUGCUGGCCCUGCCCCAUUUGUCCCUCCACCAUCUGCCCCUGCUGCCUCUGUUUCAUCUGGUGAUGUUAAAGUCCCUGGUAAUUCUACCUUGCCUGACUCUGGAACACCUGGUAACUCUUCUUAAAAGUUGCCUGCCUCCAAAGAUCAGAUCCACUAGCUACAUUGGCUGAGAGUAAAAUCCAGAGUCACCUCCUACUCUUUCUCUUUCUGGCUUCCAUAAUUUCUUCCUAAUCGAGGAUCAAAGGGAAAAUGAAACUUUCUUCUGAGAAGGGCUCCAGCAUUUAGAGUUCUUUCUGCUGAUUUGGGGACAUUUUCUCUUGAUUGUUAACCCUGUUCAUUCUCUACAAGAAUAAAUAUUUACAAAUAAAUAUAUUCAGCAUUAUCACA